AAGACAAUAAAAAGAGGUAGAGAGGACGACAGACAAAGAAGACCUGGCCUUCAGCUGCAAGGCACAGAGACCGUUUCCACAGAGUGACCAUGGCUGAAUACAAGGUGCAGGUAACAACAGGGGACAUGAAAUAUGCUGGGACAAUGGACCACAUAUACAUCACCUUAUUUGGAACAGAAGGGCAGAGUGAGCGGACUGAGCUGGACAACGUUGGCAUCGACUUUAAAACUGGAACGACUGGGACCUACACCAUCAAGACAAAUUUGUCUCUGGGGAAACUUCUGUUGGUGAAGGUGGAAAAAGAUGCCAGUCUUGUUCUCCAAGAAGAUGAGUGGUACUGCUCCAAAAUAGUGGCGACCACUCCAGAAGGAGAUGUCAUUCUGUUCCCCUGUUACAGAUGGAUCUCCAGGGGAGAACGGGUGGAGCUGAGAGGAGGGAAAGCUGUGAAGGUUUUUGAGGAGGACCACCCCUUGCUGAUUGAUCAUCGGAAAAAUGAGCUUGCAUUUAAAAAGAGCUUGUACCAGUGGGAGAUCGCGGAUGAAAAAAUACCACACAAAGUUCAUUUCAAUCAAAUCUCUGAGCUUCCAGCAGAAGUACGUUUCUCCAUGUCCAAAACAGAUGAGUUACUCUACACAAAAAGAGAAAUUGGUGCUGAACUGUUCCUCAAGGGGCUGGUUGGAUCCAGUGUACAUUGGGAAAACAUUGAAGACAUGAAAAAAAUCUUCUGGUUCAAAAAGACUACAAUGUCAGAGUACGUUGCAGAGCACUGGAAAGAGGAUGACUUUUUUGGGUACCAGUUCCUAAAUGCAACAAACCCCAACGUGAUCAAACGAUGCUCAGAACUUCCCCCAAACUUCCCAGUCACAGAGGAGAUGGUGAAGCCAUUCCUGAAAAAGGGAAGCUCCUUGAAAACAGAAAUGGAGAUAGGCAACAUAUUCCUCCGUGACCAGAGGAUAAUGGAUGGAAUACCCACUAGGAAGUUGGAGAAUGGUGAAUCUCUGCACAUGACUGCUGGUUUCUGCUUGUUUUACAUGAACCCAGAGAACAAACUGAUGCCAAUUGCAAUCCAGCUGCAUCAACAGCCUUCUGAGAGGAACCCCAUCUUCUUGCCCAGUGACCCACAGACAGACUGGCUGCUAGCCAAAAUCUUUGUUAAAAGCUCAGAUCUAAUUGAAUAUGAGACAAUUCAUCACCUCAUGAACACUCACAUUCUGGCAGAAGUCUUUGCUGUUGCAACUCUCCGCAGUUUCCCUGUGAUUCACCCACUUUACAAGCUGCUGAUCCCACACUUCCGUUACACCCUUCAUGUAAACACUCUCAGCCGCAUAAUCCUUUUGGGACCUGACGGGGCUUUAACGAUGAGUUCACCUGGAUAUGACGGACUAAUAGAGCUCAUGAGAAGGUCCCUCUCUGAGAUGACCUACAGCUCCCUCUGUCUGCCAGACAACAUUACUGCACGAGGACUGGAGUCAGUCCCCAACUUCUACUACAGAGAUGAUGGACUGAAGCUGUGGGACAUCAUCAACAGGUUUGUGAGGACCUUAGUGGAGUACUAUUAUCCCUCAGACAAAGAUGUGUGUGGAGACUCAGAGCUGCAGGAAUGGAUCAGUGAGAUAUUCACACAUGGCUUCUUAGGAAACAAACAAUCAGGGAUACCAGCGUCCUUUAACACAGUGGAGGAAUUGAUCAAAUUCAUCACCAUGGUGAUCUUCACAGUGACAGCUCAACACGCUGCUGUCAAUAACGGACAGUAUGACUUCCACUCCUGGACACCCAAUGGCGCACUUCGGCUCCACAAACCUCCUCCAAUUACUAAGGGGCAGUCGACCAUGAAGACAAUUUUGGAGACCCUCCCGAAUAUCAAAGAGACAGCCAAGUUUGCAGCAAUGGCUUGGGUGCUUUCAGACACAUACACAGAUGUGGUUUUCUUGGGUAACUACCCUGAACGGUUUGAUGAGCCUGCUCCUAAGCAGAUGAUAAAGGAAUUCCAAGCAGAGUUAUCUGACCUGAGUGAAGCAAUAACCGCAAGAAACUCGCAGCUGGAAGUGCCCUACACGUACCUGGACCCUACUCAGAUAGAGAACAGCAUUGCUAUUUAAAAAAGUCUCAUGGACUCAGCUGCCGGUUGUAUCAAUGUAUAGUAAUGUGUUCAUUUACUGCAUCCUAUAGUUGUGGUGUUAGUGAGGUACUGGGAUAUUUUCCCUCUGUCAUGGAGAGUGAGUCAGUGGUAUAGUGCAUAUGGUGAAAACUGCAUCAGUCAACAACAUCCAUUCCUUCUAACCUCAUAUUUUGCAUGCGUUAAUCAACUCUUAUAUUUAGUACAUAUAACAAAGGCAGUUAGUGAGGUGUUGCCAGCUAGUUAUGUCAUGUGAAGUGGGACUAUAUAUAUGUAUGUGAACUACAUUGGCCUAUGUUUAAAAUGAAUGCUCUGCUAACAAAUACCAGCUUGCACUCUUAAAUAUUUAACAGUUAACCUGUUAUCCAAAACAGCAAUCGUCAGCUGAGUCAUUACUCUAUAAGCUAUUCUAGUUUGUGUCCAUAUGUAAGCAUGACAGGGAAUAUGGUCUACACUACUUUCACUGCUGGUUACUUGGGAUAAAUAAAGUGUAUCUGGAUACUAAAGCUAAAAGAAAACUUUAGUGUACCUCAAUACAGCAUUCAUUCAUCAUUGAGACCCAAAGGGAAAGAGAAAACAAAUAUAUUUCCUGCCUCUCACAGUGACAUGUAAGGCACACCAUGAGUUCAGUCUUCAUUCAUACUUGUUAAGUAGUAUUCAUUAAUGGGACCGGCUUGCUGGAGUUGGAAACAAAGCACACAGUGGCAACAGAAAGAAUAAAAAUUCAACAUGUCGACAAUGGUUUGUUAUUCAAUUGUUCCUCUAACCCUUACAAUGGAGAAGCAUGCAGUGGAGGAGAUCACAAGCAAGAGAGGCAGAAAGUAAGGAUCCAGCUAUUCCUCUUUCCUUUUGUUAUGACAGCUUGUGAUCAAGACACUACUGCAUGCACUGCAGGCACAAUAAUAUCCCAACUUCAAUGAUUCCCCUAACAUUAUAUUUGGGGGGUGCCCCACCUUCCCUUGAGGGUCAAACAAUAAUAAUAAUAAUAUUAAUAACAACAUGUUAAACAUCAGUGACAGAAGCGGUGCAUCAGCUAGUGACCCCGCUGUAUUUAUUUUGUUCAACUUCCUGUCCUUAACACCUUCAAUACGUCAGAAGCGAUGUUGCACUCAAUCUGUAUUACAAUGAGCCAUUUCAUGACAGAAUGAAAUGCUGUUUGAAAAAUGAAAUGCGGUUUGGCUUUCACUCUCAAGGUAGGUUAAGGACGAUUAAAAUAAGGUAUAAAAAACAAAACAAAGAAUACUUUAUUCAUGAAAUGUAUUCUUUAAGUAAACAAUAUUUGAACUUAGAGCAAGUACAUUCUUAUCCAUGACUCCCUUUGACUUUGGAUUUUGGAUUUGACUGCAGUGCCUUUUGUUUCCUUUUUAUGUUCAUUAAAUACUUUUGCUUGAACUCA